UGCCGGGGGGCUUAUGAAAAUUCUUUAAGAUGCCACCGAAAACAAAAGGAUGGAAAAUGGGACUGCAAAGACGAGAACGUACCAUGCGUUAGAGGAAGAUACGAGUACAAAUACACACAUACCCCGUACAUAUGCAAGCAACCGUGCUUGAUAGAGAGAAUUUCGAAAACGAUUGAAAAAAGCUGUUGCAGAAACGUGUCCUGUGCCUCCUUUGUCGUUAAUGUUACCUGUGUUGCGGAGAAUGUCCUUUGUAAAAAGGUUAGAGUUUAUGAAUUACAGAAAAUAUCAAAAACGCAAUUGAAGGGGCAAAUAUCUUAAAAGAUUUGGAGUAUACAAAGUCAAACAUUUCUUUCUGGAAUAUAAAAAGGCAGAGAAUAUAUAGUGUCCUAGCAAGAGAGCAACGUUGGUUAAAUACGACAGAAAAAGCUGCCAAAAACCUUCAGAAAGCAUACGAUAGAACAAUCGAGGCCAAAGAUAACCUUGUCGGUAUGCUGUCCGCACCUCUAAGAAUAAAAUCGCUAUUCAACGAAAAGUUGAGUUCAUUUGAUGGAAUAAAGUUAAUAGAUAUACGCUUUGAAACAAAAGUUUUUGGCAAAGACAACAGUAAAUUAUUGCCGGUCGCUAUCUCAUUUCAAGCGAAUGGAACACUGCGACGGAUAUCAACCGUACUCGAUUUUUCUCAACUCAACGUAUCUCUUAAAAGUAUAUCUGAAGAAAUCGUGCGUGAUGUAAUUGGGAAUAUUUACAGUAAAUCAAGAAGAAGACGUUCAGUAGUAGACACCCGCACGUUUGAACAAGAUCCGUUUCUUCAUUCUCUUAAGAAAUACCACGCUUAUUGCGCAAAUUUCAAAAAUUACCACGCAAUGUUAUAUAACGUGGCCAUAUCACUUUACAAAUUGUCUUCGGAAAUUUGGUCUGUUGAAAAAGAAUUAUCCCAAAGCGAGAAGACAAGUUUAAAUUUGACUAAUCUGCUAGCAUCAUCCAAGUUUUCUUGGAAUCAAACAACGUCUUUCAACUUUACUUUGGAUGAUCCUGAGAUGUCGGAGGCAUUGGAGCUUGAAUCAGAAGAAAAGAGACAAAACUAUGAGGAAUUCAAUUCCACAAAUAAGCUUCUUGUGCAAAACUGGUUUGUUGCCAUGGAAAGCAUGUUCAAUUCUUCACGCCUACAUUACGAAUGUAGUGGAAUGAAGGAUUGUAUGCUACAUAUUCUCGAUAGCUUGGCCCAAAUGUUCUCUGUGGUUGAGACGGAAACGGCAGGUCGCAUUCGACGUCAGAUCCCAAGUCUUAGGACUGCACUUGACGAUUUAUCAGAUUCCUUCGAUAUUUCUAUUCACGCAGCCUUGAAUGUGUCGUCAAGGAUUUUGGAUAUAUUGAAAGAAAUGACUGAGCUGGAGGACGUUUGCGCUCAAUCCCCUAACAUUACAAGACAUCCAGACCCUGUUACUGAAUUAAGAGUUGGAAAAAAAUUGGUGCUGAACUGCAACGCUACUGGAACGGCGCUAAUAUAUUCUUGGACAUUCAACGGGGAGGUUAUCCCGCAUCAAAGAUCCAACGUGCUAGUCUUAAAAAAUACAACCACAUCAAACAGUGGAAAUUAUACGUGCAUCGUGUCCAACCACAUAGCGAUAGAAAAAUCAAUACCUGCCGUUGUUACAAUCCAUCCUCCUCCAAUCAUUACCGACCAAUCUGAAAGGUUUUUGGCGGUUGUAAUAGGCGAGGAUGACGAACUUCAAUGUAAAGUUAAAGAGACUGACAAUUUUAUCUCCCACGAAUGGUGGUUUAAACCUGCUAAUUCUUCAUCAUUUGAAAUACUGUAUAACGAAACCUUUUCGUACCUGGGAUUUUCACCAAUGAAACGCGAAAACGAAGGCUGGUAUUUCUGUCGAGUUUCUAAUGCGUACGGUGUAACUUCGUCGCGCGUAAGUUUUGUUAAAGCCCUGUCUUUUACUCUUCCCGUACCAUCAGCAGUCCUGUCGUUUUCUUUGAUCAAACAAGCGGAUCGAGGCAAUUCAAGUGUUGAAUCAUCAGGUUAUAAAGUGAUUCAAAAUUUAAUUCUUAAAAAUGUCUUCCUCGGAUUCUAUGGCGAUGGUCUUCACGUAAAAAACUUACGAACAAUCGACUGUCAGUUGGGAAGGUCCAAAAAUGAUACCGAGGUUGUCGGGAUAUGUUCUUGGAAAUUUCAAUACGUUGGUAAAAAUAUGACCACCAACACUACCGUUCACAACGAUUUUAAAGAUAACGCCGAAACAGUUGUUAAUGCUUCUCAGUCACUAAACGAAAGAAUGAGAGAGUUAGUUAAAGCAACCAACAAUGGUUCACUGUAUUUUUCGAUAAUGACAACGUGUAUUAUGCAGAGAAAAAUAGCAUUGCUGUUCACAAAUUUUCAUUGA